ACAGGUGCCAUGGCCACAGCGGCUUUCCAGGACUCAGCACCAGCUCAGCUCCGCUCCCCUCCGGGCACAGCCGCUCUGCUGUGGGCCAGCGCCAUCACCAUGCACGUCUCCAGGCCCAAAUCUGCCAAGGGGCAGAGGCCAAGCUUGAGCCACCGGCAGGGCACGGAAGGCUGUCCGUGCCAUGUGCCAGGUUCCCCGCUGGCACCUUCUCCUCGGGAAUUGGUGAAGAGCCGGAGAGCGCCGCUCACAAAAGCGGCGUUCCCACCUGCCCAGGUGUCUCCUGGGAAAAUCCCGAAGCUCCUGCAGCAGGUGCCUUUGAAGACCCCCUCCUCCUCCCUGAACAGGUACCGGGUGCUGCCCUCCAUCAGCCGGAAGGGGGCGGGGAGCAGCGCCGUGGAAGCCUUGGCUGAACGGACCAACCGGCUGGAAGUGAGCGAGGGCCAGGAGGAUGCUCCAAAAGCCACCAAGGCUUCUUCUGGAGGACAGGGAUGUGCCAGCACACUGUCAGGAAGUGGCAUUCCCACCGAGGAGAGCUCAGGUGCCCUCUGUGCCCCUGAGCAGUGGGGAGGGCAGGGGAGCCCCUGGGUGCCCCCUGCAGGCCUGGAGGAGCCGCAGGUGCUGCUCGCUGUCCGCUCUCCCUCUGGGCAGAGGUUUGAGCACCACUUCAAGCCCUCUGACAGCCUCCAGACCGUCCUUGCCGUGGCAGGACAGAAACUGUUGGCCAACUACCAACACUGCAGCGUUGAAACCAUGGAGGUGCCCCGGAGGAGCUUCUCUGACCUUACCAAGUCCCUCCAGGAGUGCAGGAUCCUGCCCAAGUCCGUGCUGUGCAUCCGGCAGCACAAGCAGCACGAUGCAGCAGCAGAUCUUUAGGCACACAGAGCACUGUGGUGCCUCUGCUCAGCGAGCUGCAUUGCUUCUUCCAAAAUACUGAGAGUCUGAUGCUUCCUGCACCUACUUCUUACUCUUCUAUCUCCCACAAAAUCCCCAGGAAGCAGAGUUAUGGAUAUGUAAUAGUAUUUGAAAUAGUAUUUCAGAGAAUAGUAUUUCAGAUGGAUAAACCUGAUUCAUACGGAACAGCCUGUGUCACCUGUGCCAUCACAAAUUUCUGCCUCGACACCACCAACCUUCAGCCUUUCUGGUUUGUUGAAGUUCCUGAUGUUUUUUGAAAACUCAGGUUUCCAAGACCUCUCCUCUUGUCCUUUUCCAUGUUUUGGGAAGGUACCACUUCUCUGAAUGCAGAAGCAUCAUUUGUGAAGGUAGAAACAGAACUGGUUUAGCUUCAGGACCACCUUCAGUAGCUUAUCAUUAUCCUAAAUGUCUUCUCAAGAGACUGAAAAGGAGAUCACCCCAAAUCCAUCUGGAAAUAACAGUAGUAACACAGGAAUGAGUUAUUGUGAAGUAUUAAAUUGCAAGACAUUGUAAAAUAGCCUGGAGGACUCAGGUGUUUCUGGGUAACCACAGUCCAGCUCUUAACUGUGACUAAAUCAUCUUUGGCUGUCUUGGGGAGCAACAGGAUUUUCUCCUUAGUUUUCCUUCUCUUAUUUGGCUCAUGUGACCCAUAGGUAAGAAGAGGUGGAUAGUUAAGAAGGGAUGUUACAGAUAAUUCCAUUUAACCCCUUUGCACUGAAGUCAGUAAGUCCAAGGAGCAAGUGCUGCUUUGGGAAUUUUAAAUAAGAUAUUAAUGGGAUUUAACUGGGAUCUGGCUCAAGGAGUAAGCCAUCUUUGACUGCACCAUUAUUAAAAGGCUGUGGUUGGGUGACUAGGCAGCUUUAGGCAAACACAAUGUCCUUGUGCUAAAAAGGGAAAUAUCUCCUAGUUCCUAAUGGAAUUUCAAAGGCAGUAAUUUUUAAUCUCCUUUAACACUGGACACUUGCCUCACAGAUGAGUGAGUUUAAAUGUUUUGAAGUUCUGUGUAAGUGCCAAACCAACCCUGCACAGGAGCACAAACACAAGAGGAGCAGAAAGCUGAUGCUGUGCUGGCUGAGUGUGGUACCUGAUGCUAAAUGAAGUGUUCAGAGUCCAGCAGCUUUGUAAAACCAGUGUCUGAUGGAACAGUGGUCCCUGCUGCUGUUGGUGAUGGGAAUCACUCAGCAGCUGUCACAAUAUCGACACAUAUGGAUGCCUUCAACAGAACCAUGAAGUAUUUCACUUGGCUUCAGGAAAAGGGACCAUCUUCCAGGUUUCCUUCAGAGUUAGGUAGUUAAUUCCCUAUUUCUGCCUGUUGUGGGUACUGUAUCACUCCUGUAUUUCAGAGUAUUUCCAUCCUGUGUUAAAUAAAACCUUUUAGGCUGAAACUUGAACUUUAAAUAUGAGCUGAGGUUAAUCCAUCACGCCUGCUCUUAAGAAACCUUCAAUCUGAUGGCAAAUACCUCAGGGGCUGCCCCAAUCAGCCUUUGGAUGGUCAGCUGCCCUCCACAGCACCCUCCUGCAGUUUGGAGCUGCAUGCUGUGCUCAGCACAAGCCUGCAGCCAAGGGGGAAGCGCUCUCUGUCAGUGCCAGGCUGUGAGCAGAGCUGGGGAGCAGCUGGGAGAGCACAGGGGCUCUCAGCAAGAACAGAACUAUCAGACCAUUCAGAGUAACUUGGCUCACGGUGGAUUUCUCACACUGCAGAAUGUUCCUCCUGGUAAAGCUGGAUGAGUUUGGUUCUGAUCACCUCACCCAGGCUACAGCAUCUCCAAAGGUGGGCAAAAAGUAUCAAGUCUUGUUCUAGGCAAGCACAGCACAGGGCAAACACCUCUAUUCUCCCUCAGUUCUCUUCCUUUCAGAACUGUUCUGGGGAGAUUUUAGCAGCAAUUCUAAGUGCAGCACAAGAAGCACGGGGGGAAGAACAAUAUUCAUCUGACCUCAUUUAUUGUGUGGCAUCAUUUAACAAACUUCUUAGUGGCAAUUCUUUAAGAAUUUCAGCAUUAAAGUCACAAAUAUAAAACUCAUCAGGACUUUUGGCUGAGAACGUCCUUACUGAGGGUUUCAAACACCAACAAAGUAUUCAAGCAAGAAGCCAGCAAAGGGAUUGUUCAGUAUGUGUUCUUUAAUUCCAAUUAAAAGUACAUUAGAAACAGCACACAGGACCAGCAGCAGCUUCCAUGACAAUUCAAUCCAAUACUCUGCUGUCACCAGGUCAUUCAACUGUACUAGGAAAGUAGGUGAUUAAACCAAGUCUUCCACUCCACACGCACUCACUCACCUGCCACUUUAAAUAGGAUUCCAACAGAAUAAAAAUAGAUACACCCCAGAAUACAAAAAGUUUAAUUUUAAGCUGUUUUUUUUUUCUUCACUAAAGCCUUUAUACAAAUUGAUAAAAGGGUGCACAAUUUCCUAAAAUUUUAGGUACAUUUUAAAUGAGCCUUUUUUUACUUGGUAAAAGGAUCCAUAUUCCUGUCUUU